CUGGUCACAUGUAGAUGGAAGCUUCUUGUUUGACAGAACUUUUCGAAUUUUUACAGGUGUAGGUUCGAUAUGAGAAGCCAUUAAAAGAAUUGAUUAGUUAGAUUAUCUUAAGAACUCUUAUUUGAAUAUCAUCCAUUUCUAGACUACUGCGUUUUCUAUAGUCUAUGUUAAGGCCAUGGAUGAUGUUAAACUUAGCGUGAUUUCAUCAGUUCUCAAUUUCUUGAGAGGAGAAUUCCAUGCAGGUUAUCUUGAUUCUGAAAAUGCUGAAGGCCUUGAAGUUGCUAUUCACUGUUUGGAAAACAUAUACAAUGUCAGCAGUGUUAGGCGUUCAAAUGAACCUUCCUUAUUGGAGAUAUACAAGUUUUACUAUGAGAAUUCGAUUCAUCAUAGAAAUGAUGCUACCGAAGAAGAAAAAUUGGAAGGUGAACGAUUUAAAGUUGAAGGAAAUGCUGCAAUGAGUGGUGGGCAGUAUUUAGAAGCUCUUCAACUAUAUUCUAGGGCUAUAGAAUGUGACCCAAAAAAUGCUGUUUACUAUUGCAAUAGAGCUGCUGCUAAAAGUAAAUUAAAUGAUCAUGCUGCAGCUAUACGUGACUGCAACAUAGCUCUUGAGUUAGACCCUAAAUAUAGUAAGGCAUAUGGACGAUUGGGGCUAGCCUACUGUGGGUUAGAAUCAUAUGUGUAUGCCUUAGAAAAUUAUAAAAAAGCUUAUGACUUAGAACCUGAUAAUAUUGGAUAUAGAAGAAACUUAGAAUUGGCACAGCAAAAAGUGGCUGAUUUAUGCUGUUUAAAUCUUGAACCGCAUUCUCAUUCUGAGACAAAUAUAUCUAGCACUGGAGGGCCUAACCUCGGUGCUCAUAUUACUGAUAGUGAGUCAGGUGUUCCACCUAACAGAGGGUCAGCUCAACUUCCAGUAGAUAUUAACUUGUUAUUAGGAAAUCCACAGCUGGUCAACAUUGCAUCUCAGAUGCUUGCUGACCCAACAAUGCAAAACAUGAUGAGUUCCAUCAUCAGUCAAGAAAGUGGAACAGGGAUGCAAGCUCUUCUUCAAGCCGGACAGAAUUUGGCCAGACAUAUGCAAACAGAAAAUCCUAAUUUUUUUAACCAGCUGAGGCAGUCUUUUAAUCCCAACAAUGAUCCCAGUGGUUCUGGUGGGAUGGGGGGGAACAUGGGUGGUGGGGAUUCAGAACCUUCUUCUUCCCAUGAUAAAAAAAACUAAAUUUAAUGUUCAUGUCCAAGAUACUUAUGUAUUGUUUUAAUAGUUAUAUGUUGUUCAGAAGUUGUUCUUAUACCUAAUUAAAGAAUUAAAAAUCUAUGGCUGUUUCUAUAGAAUGGUGUUAUAUAUUAAUAAGAUGUAUUAAGAUUAGUAUAGUUAAUUUAUAUCUUUUUUAAUAGCCUACAAUAACUUGGUGAAAUUUUGCCACCAAUUUUGCAUGGUUAUUAACUAAUAAAAUAUUUUUGGUCUUAAUAACUUCCUUUCUUUUAAUGCCGAUCAAAAACCCUGUUCAUUCAAUAAAUUUGAUUUGUGUUAAUGAGGAUACUAUAAUGUCCUACCCCUUUUUUAAAAAAUAUUGUUUCUUGUUGUUUCAAUUGAACAUUUCAUUUUUUUUUUCUAAAAGAAUUACAUAUCAUGGAACUAUUUAUCCCUGAUAUUGUUUUUAAAAAGUAUUGUUUAGUGUUAUACAAAAAUGAGCAACCUCACUGGCUAAUUUAUCUUGCUAUGUCAUGCAUCUCGGUAUAUUAUUCAAUAAUUAUAAUAUGGAUGGCUGUUAAUCUCUAAGUAAAUGUUUUUGUUUUCCUUGUGACUGAUCUAUUCUAAUGUGUUCUGUUUGGUACUAGUUCAUUUUAAGGAUGCACACAAGUGUGUUACACUUGAUUGUGGCUGAAUGUGUAUUUAUAGAAUUGAGAAUGGAUCAUUUAUAAAUUAGUAAGACGAGCUUAGGACAUAAUAAUAGUUUUUAUAUUAUUUUAUAGGACUUGAAAUUAUAUAUUCUUAAAUAUUUGAUAUAUGUUCAUAAGAUUUCAUUUUUCCAUUAUUUAUUUUUUUAACAGUCUCAAUUGUUUAUUUUAACUAUUCAGGAAAGUAUGAUAGGUAAAUGAUUCACUAACUUUUAGUACAAAUUGGAGUUCUAAUUUUUAUGUUUUAAUGUGCAUUGUAUUAAGUUAAAUAUACA